CUCCUUGAGGGAAAAAAGCCAUUUUGUCGCCCGGACGGGCUGCCGUCCAAACCCCCCUGCCUCCCCGAGCCUGCGUUACCCCUUUACUUUGCGAUGGAUCUUUCGCGGGUCUGGCAUCUGGUUGCCGUGUUUUGCUUGACCUGCGUGCUGGUCAAAAUCAUCCAGUUGCAUCUCCGAAGACAGGCACUGCUGAAAACUUUGAACUGUUUUGAUGGUCCCCCUGCCCAUUGGCUUUACGGUCAUAUACUUGAGUUUACACCUAUUUCUGCAGUUUACAGAAAAGUAGAGGGAUGGACUUAUCUGUAUCCAUUUGCCUUUCCUCUGUGGUUUGGUAGGUUCAUGGCAUGUUUGAAUAUCACACAUCCUGAUUAUGCCAAACCAAUACUUGCUCGAACAGAACCAAAAGAUAAUUUUACUUAUCAGAACAUAAUCCCAUGGAUUGGGAAAGGUUUAUUGGUCCUGCAUGGACCCAAAUGGGCACAACAUCGAAAAUUGCUAACUCCAGGUUUCCACUUUAAUGUAUUAAAGCCAUAUGUGCCCCUGAUUGCAGAUUCUGCGAAACUGAUGUUGAAUAAAUGGGAACAACUUAUCAUGCAGGAGAAAUCAGUGGAACUCUUUGAACAUGUGAGCUUGAUGACACUUGAUAGCAUCAUGAAAUGUGCCUUUAGUUAUAACAGCAACUGUCAAAUGCACAGGGAAAAUUCUUACGUUCAAGCUGUCUUUGAGCUUUGCUUCUUGGUACAUGACAGGCUGCACCGCAUUGUAGGUUACAGUGAUCUUCUAUAUUGGUUCAGUCCCCAAGGAUUUCGGUUUCGGAAAGCCUGCCAAGUUGCUCACCUUCAUACAGAGAAAGUAAUCAAAGAAAGAAAGGAAUCUUUGAAGGCUGAAGAAGAACUUCAAAAGAUCCAGGCAAAGAGACACUUGGAUUUUCUUGACAUUCUUCUUUUUGCCAAAGAUGAAAAUGGCAUUGGAUUAUCUGAUGAAGAGAUACGUGCCGAAGUGGACACUUUCAUGUUUGAAGGUCAUGACACUACAGCUAGUGGGAUCUCUUGGCUGCUGUAUUGUCUUGCACAAAAUCCAGAGCAUCAAGAAAGAUGUAGAGAGGAGAUCAAAUCCAUUCUGGGAGAUCGUGACACAAUUGAAUGGGAUGAUCUUAAUAAGAUGACUUACUGCACCUUAUGCAUUAAAGAGAGUCUCCGCCUUUAUUCCCCGGUACCUGGAGUGUCCCGAAUAUUAACCAAACCUGUUACAUUUUUUGAUGGGAAAACUUUACCUGAAGGCACCUGGGUUGUGAUAAGCAUUCAUCUUAUCCACAUGAACCCCAGAAUAUGGCAUAAUCCAGAGGUGUUUGACCCAAUGAGAUUUUCUCCUGAGAACUUAUCCAGCCGACAUUCUCAUGCUUUUCUUCCAUUCGCUGCUGGGCCAAGAAACUGCAUUGGACAACAGUUUGCCAUGAAUGAGAUGAAAGUGGUUCUUGCUAUGACUUUGCUUCGAUUUGAAUUGUCACUUGAUUUGUCAAAGCCUCUGCCUGUUCCAGUGCCUUUAAUUGUCUUGCGUUCUGACAAUGGAAUUCAUCUUUGCUUGAAGAAACUGGGGUGAAUCUAUAAUCACUAGAAGAAAUAAUUCAUGUGGGGAGCAGAGAAGGGCUUCUAUAGAAUUUUCUCAUCCAGCCAGGUGCCCUGUACAUGUUUUGAGAUUAUAAUUCUCAGAAUACUUUUGUUGCUCUUCAAAAAAUAUUGAGACUUUAAUCAUGGUGACUAGAAAUUAGAAUACUAAUACCUCUGGGGACUGCUAAUUUACUGAAAGUGAGAGGGAGAAUGUAGAAAUUAUAGAAUGAUAUUUGCAAA